CUUGAUUCACAGGUGAGGAACUCAUCAACAGGUGUCCUCUGCGCCGUCGCAGUGCCAAACCAAUCGUCAACUACAGGGGCGCAGCUGAGCCGGUUACUGCCGAAGUCAGGCUCGUGUCGACAGUGUGAAAAACUUUCUGGAUCUGUCAGGAGUCAUGUCGAAUAACAGCGCCGGCGGUUUGGUCAGUCUGCAGAAAAGCGUCAAGCAGCUGCGAUUUGAAGCAGAAAUCCGCAGAAUUAAGGUUUCUCAAGCUGCGGCUGAGCUGAAGGCAUUCUGCUUGCAAAAUGCCCACAAGGACCCUCUCUCAUGGGGGUGCCAUCGAGCGACAACCCCUUUCGCCACCCAAAUCAUGUGCGCUCUUCUGAGGAGUCGUGGAAAAGCUUGAGAACGUUCUUCUUCCACUUGGAUGUUUUCACUCCACAACCCUCCGAUCCCUUCACAUUACAGCAGAGCUGCUUAUCGUCACUACUAUCACACUAAACUGUUUAAUUCUGUAAGCUGCAUUGGGACUUGAAGUCUUUCCCGUUCGGCGAUGUGAGUUAUGAAGAAAACCGCUGAGAAGUGAUUUGAAAUUGUUUAAUUUGUAUACCGUUGAAUAAAGCCAUGGUAGUGCUAAAGUUACACUAGCAGGAGGAAAUUAAAGUAAUUUGUUGGUCAAACAGUCCACUGGAAAUGUGAGGACAAAUAUGCAAAAAAUAAUUCAUGCAUUUUAUUUUUUACUGUGUAGACGGGUUCAUUUGAAUACAAGCCUUGCACAGAAAAAAAUCUAAGUGCUUUCUUGUUGUAAUCAAUUUCUUUGUUAUUGAUACAGUUCUGUUUCUAUAC